CCUCCCUUGGAAUAUUUUUCCGCGGGAACUCGUAUACGACGUUCUUGCCAUAUUUUGAACAAGAUAAUGGACCAAAGUGAAUUUGAAUCCGAUCGAACCAAGAACUGCAUCAUAAAGUCAGAGGUUCCAGAGAUCUGCAAGACGGAGCCAUGCUGCCUGGGGAUAGACGAAGCUGGAAGAGGACCGGUGUUGGGUCCAAUGGUGUAUGGCAUUGCGUACUGUCCCCUUUCACAACAGGAGAAGCUGAAAGAGAUGGGAUUGGCAGAUUCCAAAACAUUGUCUGAAGAGCAGAGAGAAUCCAUGCUGGAGAAGAUAAAGGCUGCUGCUGACACAGUGGGCUGGAUUGUUGAAAUCCUCACACCAGCCUACAUCUCCAACAGCAUGCUCCGAAGGACCAAGUAUAAUUUGAAUGCCCUCUCUCAUGACUCAGCGAUUGGCCUUCUACAGAGGGCCCUCAGUCUGGGAGCAAACAUCACAGAGGUGUAUGUCGACACAGUGGGAGACCCUGCAAAGUAUCAGGCGAAACUGAAGGAUAUUUUCCCCGACAUUGAUAUCACUGUUGCCAAGAAAGCUGACGCCACCUACCCCAUUGUCAGCGGAGCCAGUAUCUGUGCCAAGGUGGCACGAGACCAGGCUGUUAAGUCAUGGCAGUUCCAAGAGCUUGUUGGGAAAGAAGGACUCGAGUAUGGAUCAGGGUAUCCAGCAGAUCCAGGGACCAAAAAGUUUCUGGCAGAGAACAUGGACCCUGUGUUUGGAUUCCCAGACUUUGUGCGCUUCAGCUGGUCCACUGCUUCCCAGAUGAUUGAGAAGGACUGUGUUCCAGUCAAAUGGGAAGACGAUGAUGAAGAUGAAGCCAAAAACACAGGCAGUGCAUCCCUCUUAUCCUUCUUUAAAAAGAAAACAGAGGACCCACGUCAACAGAAACACAGGUUCUUCACAGACAGACGUCUUACACAGGUCUCAGCAUUGUGACAUCCACAUCAGCCAUGGACUUUGCGACGUGUAGAAAUAGACCUUUCCAAUGUGUUAAUAUCAAGUUGCCCUUAACACCAUGAAAAGACUAAAUGUAUUGUAAUCCUGAUAAAUUCAGGUCAUACUUGUAAAUAAAUCAUAUGAACAACCA